AUGCCACAAUCAAAGGUGCCAAGACUAGGCAGGCUUGGUCCGAGACUGGCGAGGCCUUUCUAUACCUCGAUGCUCAUUUCGGCAUCCCUCGCGACGUACGCACUGCUCAGGAAUCGCGCCGCGUCUCCAGAACAGUCGCCGCUAAUCCAUCGGCGGAAAGAGGAUAUCGACUGCCGCUUGGUUCAUCAGGCCGAGGACCAAUGUGCCUUCGUCCUCGCCAAUUGUCAAGACGAGGAAGCAGGUCUGCUGCCAUACCUGGCACUCUAUUAUUGUAACCUUGGUGGCGCCCAACCCGUCGCAUUCGGUCUGCUGGCCGCAUGGCUAGCCUUGCUGUUUACAACCAUUGGCAUUGCUGCCUCGGACUUUUUCAGCAUCAACCUCUCAACUAUCGCCAGUAUCCUGGGCCUCAGUGAGAGCCUCGCCGGCGUCACCUUCUUGGCCUUUGGAAAUGGAUCUCCGGAUGUGUUUAGUACCUUCGCGGCCAUGGGCUCCAACAGCGGCAGCAUGGCCGUUGGUGAACUGAUAGGCGCGGCCGGCUUCAUCACGGCAGUUGUUGCAGGCUCCAUGGCUCUGGUCCGCGAGUUCAAGGUUGUCAAGAGGACUUUUGUGCGGGACAUCUGCUUCUUCAUCCUGGCUGCCAGCUUUGCCAUGGCGGUCCUGGCAGACGGCCACCUGCACUUCUGGGAGUGCAUCAUCAUGGUCGCCUUCUACAUAUUUUAUGUCAUGGUCGUUGUCGGCUGGCACUGGUGGGUAACUCGUCGCAAGAGGCAGUGGCAAAAAGAGGCUGCGGCUCGAGGCCACUUUUAUGGGGCCAACACACAGCCGGCUGAUGAGCUUGAGCCGUACAGAGAUAAUGAUGAAGAAGGUGAAGACUCCGGUACCAUGGGCCGAGACCGGCUUGCAGAAUCUGCACCUGACAUCAGCGCGCUGGAGCGAGCCCCUCGGAUCGAGGUUGAUGAUGUAGAAGCGGAGCAAGACGACGAGGUUAACCUCGACAGAGACAUGUUUGUGGCCGCGGAAAUGACGAGCAGCAUGCGCGUCAACCGCCCUCGAGGUCCUAGGAGCAGAAGCUAUACGACGCUGGCUCAAAUUCGGCCCAGCUUUGUGGGCGCACUCGAGUUUCGUUCGGUAUUGGCCUCGCUUCAAAACUCAGGCAACGUCCGCCUCGCUUCGAUGCAUUCCCGCCGCCAGUCAGAAGCGCUGCUCAACUCUCAAGAGGGCCGCCCGAGGCUAUCAGAAACAGCAUCCCACAAUGCGCUGGGCUUAACCUCGACCGAUGAUACCAGCGCCUCUCCAGGACGUGAUCGUGCGAGGUCGCACGGGGCUCUUCCGUCAGUCUGGACAUUCCCUGGCCCCUCAUCAGCGCCGCGGAUAGUCACCGAGUCUCCCACGUCCCCUAUGAUAAGGCCCACUUCGAAAAAUUCCCUACCUCCCCCGAGCCGCUCGAGUACGACAAAAGACGGCAGGCUGGCUCCGCCUUCGGAAUGGCACGAGUUUUUCCCCCCUGGUACCAACGUGGCCGAGGGUACUCCCAGUAUACCUCCGGGGUCACCGAUGACUCUACGGCUUCAGAUACCGGGCUCCCAGACUCACUCAAGCGGGCAAUCGUCCCCAUCUCUAUCUCCUUUUCCCGGCCUCUCGGAUUCACCGUUGCUGUUGACGCCAAUCUCGGGAUUGCCUAUCAAUCAGAUUAGUACUCCAGCCAUUGAUAAUCCUGGCUAUUUCGGUGGUGACAUUCAAGAAGAGUGUGCCAAGCCGGUUAGGUGGUGGCCUUAUUCCGUGCUCCCUCCUCCGCAUGUAUUCCUGCGCACCUUGUUCCCGACUCUCCAGGGCUGGGCAACCAAAAGCGUGUGGGACAAGUUUGUCAGCAUCAUAUCGGCCCCGAGCAUUCUCUUGCUUGUCAUCACGCUACCUGUUGUUGAAACCGAGCGCCUGGAAGAAGAUCCAGAUCUAGCCGGUCCACCCACCAUUGAGGACGAGGUUGGUCAUCCCACCGGUGUGCCAGCAUGCGCAGAGCCUGUUUCGUCGGUGGACCGGCCGGAGACCGAAUGGCAGCGGUACCGUCGUAACACGCGCUCCCGGUCUAUAUCGCCAUAUUCUGCUUUGGCAACUCCGGGCAACCCAUUCGAAUCCAGUUCACUGAACCCAACGUCAACCACCAACGGCAUGCCACGCACGAACAGCUUGUCGCUGCAGCCAAACAAGCCUGGCGAGCAGACGCCGCUACUUGUACAAGAUAACGAAGCCCAUGAGACAGAGGAAGAAUCCGGCUGGAACAGAUGGCUGGUGGCUAUUCAAAUCUUUACAGGGCCGCUGUUCACGGUCUUGAUAGUAUGGGCUAAUAUGGCAGACGAUCUGGAAAAGCCUACGAAGACACUGAUUAGAUUCGUGCUGUACUCUCUUUUGGGGUCUUUGGUACUCCUGGCUCUGUUGCUUUUGAGCACGUCGCCAAACGUGCGCCCCCGCUAUCACUUCCUUUUCUGCUUCCUUGGGUUUGUGAUAAGUGUGGCUUGGAUUUCGACAGUCGCCGGAGAGGUAGUGGGUGUUCUCAAGGCGUUUGGCGUCAUUCUUGGUAUAUCUGAGGCUAUCCUCGGGUUGACCAUAUUCGCGGUGGGCAACUCUCUGGGUGACCUAGUUGCAGAUAUAACCGUGGCGCGACUAGGUUACCCAGUGAUGGCACUGGCUGCUUGCUUUGGCGGACCGAUGCUUAACAUUCUGCUCGGCAUCGGCAUAGGCGGCGCCUGGAUGACUACCAAGACGGCCAACGAGCGACACCAUAACCAUCCCGAUAAGCCGCUCAAAUACAAACCCUACCAUAUCCAGGUGGGCGGCACAUUGAUGAUAUCGGCCGUGACAUUGCUUUUGACGUUGGUUUUCUUGCUCAUUGUCGUGCCUCUCAACAACUGGGUCAUGAGUCGCAAGAUCGGAUGGAGCUUGAUAGUGAUUUGGAGUGUCAGUACCGUUGUCAACUUGAUAUUUGAGGCCACAGGGACAUGGUCGGAAGUUGCAUAA